ACGUCCAAAAUGUCAUCGGAGCAAUUUGAAAGGAUUGAAGAUGACUACAGAACUCUCUGCGACACAGUCAAGUACAAACUUGAAGCAAGAAUUCCGAAUUCAUCUGGUGAGGAAAGAAAAAAACUGGUACGUGAAGUUCUUCGAGAGACAGAGGAUCUCCUUUUGAUGGUUACAGGACUUGAAAAUGAAGCAAGGCCAGCACCAGGAAGCUUUAGAACUCAACUUAUGGGCAAAGUGAGAUCAUAUAGGAGAGAGGUGGAAAGGCUUCAGAGAGAUGCACAACGGUUUAGUGGACAAGCAAGCGGCAGAGAUGAACUGUUAUCAGGCGGGUUAUAUAGUGCCAAGUCAGAUUUUGAGGCCCACCAGGAUACGCAGAAGAACCGUGUGAUAGGGGGCAUUGAGAGCCUGAACCGAGCCAGUCAGAGCCUUGAUAGAACACAGAGGAUAGCAGCGGAGACGGAUGAGAUAGGCGUGGGUAUAUUAGAUGAACUCGACGGGCAGAAGGAACAACUCAUCAGGACGAGAGAGCGGGUGGAAGAUAUAGAUGAUGGUCUGAGCAAAAGUAGAAGAAUACUCAACAGUAUGGCAAGAAGAGUCAUUACAAACAAACUCAUUUUAUCCGGUAUCAUCUUAGUGGAGCUUGCAAUCCUUGGUGUCGUCAUUUGGUGGAAAUUCUUCUCAAAAUAACCUUGUCCUAGACCAAAAAAAAACAUUUUAGGAAUGAAAUAGAUAUUGAUGAUCAUAUAUAUAUAUAUAUAUUGUUUACUGGAACCAGUGAAGCAGUUGGAAAUGUGACAGAAUACGAGAAUGUGGAGGUAGAGGAUUUCAAGAUGCCAUCAUCAUCAUCUUUAAGCUCUAAUACUUGGAGUUUCAAAGUUUUCCUCCAAGUAACCUAAUCCAAGACAAAAAAGAACAGUUUAGAAAUGAAACAGUUAUUGAUUACUUGAACUAGUGAAGCCAUUGAAAAUGUGAUGGAAUAUGAGCAUGUGGAUGGAGACGAUAUUAAGAUACCAUCAUCAUCAGCUC